AUGGCCACCUACACUGUCUGGGUGACCACCGGGCAGGGCCUGGCAGCCAGCACCUGCAGCGCUAUCUCUAUCACCCUGGUGGGAGCUCACGGGGAGAGCCCCAAGCACCGGCUGGAUCAUGAAGGCAAGGACUUUGCUCCCGGAGCUGUGGACGAAUACCAGGUGCCCAGUGCACAAUGCCUGGGGCCGAUCGUGCUGAUCCGACUGCACAAGGAGCCCUAUUCCUUCUUCCCCUCGGACAGCUGGCUCUGCAACUGUGUCCAGGUGACGUCACCCGAGGGGGACACCUACCGCUUCCCCUGCUACCAAUGGAUCGAGGGGUACCGCACUGUGGAGCUGCGAGAAGGGGCAGCCAAAACCGCGGCUGAGGACGCCCAGCACCCGCUGCUGCUGCAGCACCGGCAAAAGGAGCUGAAGGCACGGCAGGAGGCCUAUCGCUGGAAGGUAUACAACCCCCAGUGGCCAAGGUGCCUGGACGUGGCGAGCGUGGACGAGCUGGACUCCAACAACAAGUACAGCCUGACCAAGACCACCAUCUUCAUGCUGCGUGCCAUUAAAACGGAGCUGGAGCUGAAGCUGAAGGGUUUCUCCUUAUGCACGGGCUCCUGGGAGAAGCUGGAAGACAUCCAGAAGAUAUUCUGGUGUAACAAGAACCCCACUUCAGAGUACGUCUCCGAGCACUGGCAGGAAGAUUCGUUCUUCGGGUACCAGUUCCUGAACGGGGUCAACCCGGUGGUGAUCCGGAAAUGCACGGUGCUCCCGGAGAACUUCCCCGUGACGGAGGGGAUGGUGGCUGGCUCCCUGGGGGAGGGCACCACCCUGCGGGAUGAGCUCAAGAAAGGGAACAUCUUCCUGACGGAUUACAAGAUCCUGGAAGGGAUCCCCACCAUCCAGCUGAAUGGGGAACAACAGUACCUGGCCGCGCCUCUCUGCCUGCUGCAUCUGACACCUGGCGGGCAAGUCGUGCCCUUGGCCAUCCAGCUCAGCCAGCACCCGGGCCCCAACAGCCCCAUCUUCCUGCCCAGUGACCCUGAGUGGGACUGGACCCUGGCCAAGAUCUGGGUGCGCCUGGCCAACUUCCAUGUCCAUGAGGUCAACACCCACCUGCUGGAGGCGCAUUUCCUCUGUGAGGUGUAUUGCAUGGCCACACUGCGCCAGCUGCCCAUGUGCCAUCCUGUCUACAAGCUCCUGAUCCCCCACACCCGCUACACCCUGCACAUCAACACCCUGGUCAGGACCAACCUCAUCCAGCCGGGAGGGGUCUUUGACAAGGCCUCUUCGACAGGUCGAGACGGGAUGCUGAAGCUGGUGGCCAAGGGUGUGGAGAACGUGAGUUACGAGGAGCUCUGUCUGCCAGACGACCUGGAAGCUCGUGGUGUCACCUUGCUCCCCAAUUACUACUACCGGGAUGAUGGCAUGAGGAUCUGGACAGCGGUGGAGAGCUUUGUCUCUGGCAUCAUUGGGCUGUACUACCAGAGCGACGCCACUGUCGAGAAGGACUCCGAGCUGCAGGCCUGGGUGACAGAGAUCUUCACUGAAGGGUUUAUGGGCAGGAAGUCGUCCGGUGUCCCCUCCACAUUGCAGACCAGAGCUGAGCUUAUCAAGUUCCUCACCAUGAUCGUUUACUGCAGCUCGGCCCGGCAUGCCGCUGUCAACAGCGGGCAGUACGAUUUCGCCGCCUGGAUGCCCAACACACCAGCAACCUUGAGAGCUCCCCCACCCACCACCAAGGGCACCGCGACCUUGCGCAGCAUCCUGGACACCCUGCCCGCGGUGAAUGCCACCUGUGCCCUCCUCUCCCUCCUCGCCGUUGUGAGCUACGAGCCAGGAGACCUGAGACCCCUGGGCUACUACCCUGAGGAGCACUUCACUGAGGCAGAGCCCAAGCGGCUUAUUGCAGCCUUCCAGGCACGUCUGGCGGAGAUCUCCAAGGAAAUCCAGCAGAGGAACAAGUCACUGCCCAUUAGCUACCCUUACCUGGACCCCGCGGAGGUUCAGAACAGCGUGUCCAUAUAA